GGCAGCUAGUCGUGCUUCUCCAAUCGAACGGUCCAGCCUGGCCUGUCCUCGUCUACUCAACGUGGCCGUCGGAACCACUCGCAGAAAGCCUCCGCGACCUCGUUCUCCCACCACGAUUACAGCGCGGCGCCACCGGACGGCUCAGCCGGUACCCUCGAAUCUCAGUCGCUCGUCCCUGGCUUCCGCUUCUCAGGCCCGAUUCAUGUCGACAUGGAAGGACGUCCCCUCUGCGGGCGAUGUUCCGGGAUAUCGCCUCUUCAUGGGCGAGGUCGAGAAGCCCGCGCUAGAUGAGAGACAAUACAGACUGGUCGAGCUACCCAACGGCCUCCGCGCCGUCUUCGUUCACGAUGCCACAGCAGACAAGGCGGCCGCCUGCUUGGCACUGGCGACGGGCUCCAUGAUGGACCCGGAUGACGCACCGGGCCUAGCGCACUUUUGCGAACAUAUGAUUAGCAAGGGCUCGGAACCAUACCCAGCCGAGAACGAUUUUCUCUCAUUCAUCAGUGCCAAUGGCGGCUCUCGCAACGCCGCGACGGGGCCAACGUACACCGAGUACUGGUUUUCCAUCAGGCCGACGGAACUUGCCGGAGGCCUUCCGCGACUCGCUGCGUUCUUCCACGCACCAUUGUUCACCGAGUCGCUCACUGCACGUGAAAUCAACGCCGUCGACUCGGAGUUCAAGAGGAACUUGCAGAACGACCCCAGGCGCGUCCUCCAGAUCACGAAGAACUUGAGCGUCCAAGGACAUCCUUGGAGAAAAUUUGGGACUGGUAAUUAUGUCAGUCUGUCCGACGCGGGAAGGCGCGAAGGAGAGCAAGCGAGCGAGGAGGUCAUCUUGAAGGAGACUCGUAGACGGCUCGUAGCAUGGUGGCAGCGAGAAUACUGCGCGUCUAGAAUGACUCUCGCGGUCAUCGGUAAAGAAAGCCUAGAAAAGCUGUUUUCAUUAGCAGUGCCCCACUUCGCAAAGAUACCCAAUCGUGCGCUGGAACCAAGGCCCGCGUUCAAGAACGAGCCAUGGGGAGUAGAACAUAUGGGGACUGUGAUAUUCGUUCAGACCGUGAAGGACUUCUACGCUUUCGACGUCUGUUUCCAACUACCUGACCUGCGGGAACACUAUGAGACGAAACCCGCAUCGUUCCUAGCCCACUUUUUCGGCCAUGAGGGGCCAGGGAGUAUCUGCGCAUUCUUGAAGAAGAAGGGUUGGCUCUCGAGCCUCAGUUCAGGGCCAUCAGGCAGCUCGCGCAGUGUACAAUUCUUCAAGGUGCACGGCCAACUCACCUUUGAGGGGUAUCUGCAUUACCGCGAGGUGCUCGAAGCAGUCUUCAAUUACAUCUCGCUUCUGCGUGCCUCGCCGCUCUCCAUGUUCCACUUUACCGAGGUCAGCACCAUGGCGGCCACGCGCUUCCGGUUUAAGGAGAAGGCGCAACCCCAAAGCUACGCGAGCACCCUCGCACACGCGCUCGCGGAGCCAUAUCCUCCCGAACAGCUCCUCAGUGGUGCUCACCUCUACAGGGACUGGGACGAAUCGCUCGUGAGGCAGGUACUGGACGGCUUUGUUCCUGAGAGGGUGAGAGUGACGCUGCAGGCGAAGACACAUCACGAGGAUGUGGUCAGGAACGACGUGGAGUGGGUUACGGAGAAAUGGUAUGGGACACAAUAUGCUGUUCAGAAGAUGGACCAAGAGCUCAUCCAGAAGCUCGGCCGCCCCAACGCCAACCAAGAGCUCCAUCUUCCUACGCCCAACCCCUUCAUCCCCGAGGACCUCGAUGUCAAGAAGGUGGAGGUCCCAGGGCCGGCCAAACAUCCCCUCCUAGCCAAGCGCACGGAGCUGUCGCAGCUAUGGCACAAGAAAGACGAUCAGUUUUGGGUGCCGAAGGCCCACGUUCGUAUCGACGUGAAGAGUCCACUUGCAUACGCUACCCCUCGCCAUGCCAUGCUUUCACGUGUCCUCGUGGAUCUCAUCGACGAUGCGCUAGCACAAGUGACCUACGACGCCGACCUGGCCGGGCUCUCAUACUCUGUAACAAACCAGAUAGAAGGGCUAACUGUAUCCGUGAGCGGGUACAACGACAAGAUCCCCGUUCUCCUUCGUAUCGUCCUAGAGAAGAUUCGUGGCCUGCAAGUACAGCCCGACAGGUUGCGCGUCGUAAAGGAGGAGAUACAACGCGAGUAUGAGAACUUCUACAUGAGCCAGCCGUCAGCCCUAUCCGAGUCCUAUGCUACCUGGAUGUUCAUGCCGACUAUCUGGACACCCGCCGAGAAGCUGCCCGAACUUCCUCUUAUAAGCGAAAGCGAUGUCGAGCGGCAUCGCGAUGACCUACUAUCCAAAGUCUUCAUUGAAGCUUUGGUGAAUGGCAAUUUGACGCAAGGCAAAUCGCUAGGGAUACUCUCGCUUGCAGAGGAGUGCUUGAAGGCGCGGCCUCUCCUCCCCGGUGAGAUACCUCGUCAGCGCUCUUUAGUCCUGCCUCCUGGUUCGGACGUCGUCUCGCGCAAGAGGCACACGAACCCCAAAGAGAUCAAUUCGAGCCUGUCAUACUACUUGCAGUUCGGCGAAGUGUCGGAUGUGCGACUACGGUGCACACUCGCGCUCAUCGCACAUAUGAUGCGCGAGCCGUGUUAUUCCAUCCUUCGCACGGAGGAGCAACUUGGAUACGUUGUGGGGUCGUCACCAUGGUCAAUCAACAGCACUCGCGGGCUCGGCAUACGUAUCCAAAGCGUGCGCCCUCCCUGGUUUCUCGAGUCGCGCGUCGAUGCGUUCCUGGAGACGUUCGGCGACCGCGUCGCGGAGAUGUCACCAGAUGAGUUCACGCGACAGAAGGAAGGGCUCAUCGUGAAGAAGCUCGAGAGCGCCAAGAACCUGCACGAGGAGACGUCGCGUUUCUGGGCGCACAUCCGCAGCGGCUACUACGACUUCCUCCGCCACGAGGAAGACGCCUCGCUUAUCCGCGAGCUUGCGCUUCCUGAAGUCGUCGCGACGUACGACGCACUCGUCCGCCCGUCCACGGGGGCCAAAACCCGCAAGAAGCUGUCCGUGCACCUUCUAUCGCAGGAGAUCCGGGAGGCACCGCCCGCCCACCCGUCGGCGGCCUCGGACAUCGACGCUUCCCCCAACACCGACGCGGACGUGUCCGGGACGGCCGAGGGGGCGGUGCGCCCCGCCAGUCAGCGCACGGCCACGCUCGUCGCAGAAGAGGACCCUAGGGGCGAGGUCGAGAGCGCGUUCAAGGCAGGGCUGGGAUGCGCCCCCGCAGCGACGCCGGUGAUCUCAGCUGCAUUUGGCGGAUACGAACACGGGCUUGCGAGCGGUGCCAGUGCCCAUGCCACCGCGCGGGGCGGGGGCGCCGACUGUGCGGCGCCAGCGUCGUCGCGGUUGUGAGAACCUUAAUACACGAGGCGUGUCCAGAGCGAACGGACCGACGGGCUAUGGUACGAUGGUCCGGAACGGAGACCGGUGCGGUGACCACCAGAUGGUGACGGCGGCCGUCUUUAUGUGGCUUGAGAGCGU